AUGACUGAAAUGCAAAAAAAAAUCGACAAACUGGAAAACAACGCUCAAGAGGAGAAAAACAAAAGAAAGGGAUUGGAAAAGGAAAUUUCAGAACUAAAGGAGCAGUUGGAGAGGAAAGAUAAAGAUGCAGAGUGGUCACAGGCCAGGGUUUCGCCAGCCAACCUCCUUCAGGUGCCGGGAAGCAGCCGACAGUCAACACCACCCUCCUCACCAACCUCCCGGCGCCAAUCCCAGCUCUUCAACGUGGCUGUGGACGACACCAAAGACUCCACGGAGGACGCCGAUCCCGCCAGCCCCCCUGUCUCACAAACAUCUCCCGUUCAGGUGCACAUAAUUCCGCCGUCAGCCUCUCCCCCGGCCUCUCCCGUCGCGGCACCUGCCUCUCCCGUCGCGGCACCUGCCUCUCCCGUCGCGGCACCUGCCUCUCCCGUCGCGGCACCUGCCUCUCCCGUCGCGGCACCUGCCUCUCCCGUCGCGGCACCUGCCUCUCCAGUCGCGGCACCUGCCUCUCCAGUCGCGGCACCUGCCUCUCCAGUCGCGGCACCUGCCUCUCCAGUCGCGGCACCUGCCUCUCCAGUCGCGGCACCUGCCUCUCCAGUCGCGGCACCUGCCUCUCCAGUCGCGGCACCUGCCUCUCCAGUCGCGGCACCUGCCUCUCCCGUCGCGGCACCUGCCUCCACCGCACCUCCUCCUGCCUCCACCGCACCUCCUCCUGCCUCCACCGCACCUCCUCCUGCCCCAGCAGCCCUGCAGGCAGCCCCUGGUGGUGCUCAGCUGCCGCAGCCUCGACCAGCCAGGCGGCGUCAGUGGGCGCUUGUUGCUGACCCUGCGCUGAUCGUCGUUGGUAAGCGGCAGAGGCGAGCGCCGGAGCGCUACCAGGCCCCUGCAGACUCCCUGCGUAAGCGGGCCAGGAGGAACUAA